AUGCAGGGGUUGGAUCUGCAUCUGGAUCGGGAUCGGGAUCUGGAUCGGGAUCGAGAUCUUUAUGUGAAGCUGUAUCUGUUUGUGGCUGGAAAUAGCGACGCAUCCAAACAUGUCAUUAGCCAGGCUGCACUUCUCAGUUCCAGCUCGAUUAUGGCCGGGCAAGGAGUGGAGAGCUGGUCGCGAUUGCUGCUCCUGUGGCUAUAUCGCAUUGCUCGUGGCUUGCUGGUGAUCUCCGCGAGCUUGGACCGGGAUAAGCUGCAGCUGGAGUCGCCCAAACAGGGUAGCAGAAAUCGUUGCCUGAACAUCCUGUGGCGCUGCAUUGUGGUGCUCACCUACGUGGGAGUAUGGCCCAUGUUAACCUCAACCAUGGUGGGCAAACGAAUGGAGAGCUAUGCGGAUGUGUUUGCUUUGGCCCAGUCCAUAUCGUUGUUCGUUUUCGCAAUCAUAUCCUUUGUCAUCCAGACGAGGAGCGAGAACGAAUUCCGAGAGGUGUUAAAUAGAUACUUAUCCCUGUACCAAAGGAUAUGCCGGACUACGCGACUGCAGCACCUGUUCCCAACGAAAUUUGUGGUCUUCUUUUUGCUCAAGUUGUUCUUCACCCUGUGCGGUUGUUUCCACGAAUUGAUACCCCUCUUUGAGAACACAUACUUCGAUGAUAUCGGCCAAAAGGUGGCCGUUGCUUUCAGCACCUACAUGUGGCUCGGAACGCUUUGUGUGCUCGAUGCCUGCUUCCUGGGCUUCUUGGUGUCCGGAAUCCUGUACGAACACAUGGCCACCAAUAUCAUUGCCAUGCUGAAGCGGAUGGAACCCAUGGACUCGCAGGAGGAACAGUAUCGUAUGACCAAGUAUCGCAGGAUGCGACUUCUGUGCGAUUUUGCAGAUGAGCUGGACGAGUGUGCCGCUAUCUACAGUGAACUGUACCUGGUCACCAACUCCUUUCGUCGCAUUCUGCAAUGGCAGAUCCUCUUCUAUGUCUACCUUAACUUUAUCAAUAUUUGCCUAAUGCUGUAUCAAUAUAUUCUGCAUUUGCUGAACGACGACGAAGUGGCCCUUGUGUCCAUUCUCAUAGCUUUUGUUAAGUUGGCCAAUUUGGUGUUGCUCAUCAUGUGUGCAGAUUUCACUGUGAGGCAGUCGGAAAUGCCGAAGAAGUUGCCCUUGGACAUCGUUUGCAGCGAUAUGGAUGAGCGAUGGGACAAGAGUGUUGAAACCUUUUUGUGUCAGCUGCAAACACAACGACUGGAGAUCAAAGUACUGGGCUUUUUCCAUCUCAACAAUGAGUUCAUCCUUCUCAUUCUGUCCGCCAUCAUCUCGUACCUCUUUAUCCUUCUUCAGUUUGGCAUUACUGGUGGCUUUGAGGCAUCCGAGGAGGUUAAAAAUCGCUUCGAUUAA